GACAUACUGACGUCACUGUUGGGUGCUUAGCGUUCCGCCAUCUUGCAGUCGCGUUUAAUUUAGAUUCGCGUGAUUCGCUGAGAAGGGUGUUGUCUGAAGCGGUGUACAACGUGGAAUUUUCCGUUUGUUUGUUGACAGUUGUGCGUAACCCUUACCAACUCAUGGUUUCUGCAUCGACGACUUCGAAUGACCGCCAGCGGCAGAAAUGGUACCGCCGACGCCCAAUUUUGCUAAAAGCAUAUUUUACGGAUCUACAGAAUGGGAGUUAUGCAGCUGCUGUUUAUUCCAUCGUGGAAAGUGUGUUUAUGAUCAUUCUGGCCAUUUUUGAUACAUAUUGCCUAAUUGAAGCCCAACCUGGGUCGAUUCACUAUAGAUAUUUUGGUAUAAGCUUCCUUUUUGUCUACAGUGGAAAUCAGCAUGUGAGGAAUCUCUUGAUAUUUUGUUCUGUCAUUUCAUUCAUUCUUUCCGUGUGUUUGAUGGCUAGUUCUGUUAUUCUAAUGGGUGCACUGAAAAAGGAAUUUGAAGAGAAGUUCCGUCCUUGGCUCCUUUCAAUGCUUGUUUUUACAGUAUGGAGGUUGAUUGCAAUUUUUUAUCGUUCCAUCGUCAAUGAUCUUUAUUUUGGUUACCAUCAAGCAAUGUUAGUCAUUUGGAUUCUUCUGAUUGCCAUAAAUGUUUUCAUGUGGCUUAUUGUCAUGUCAAAUUAUCAAGAGCUAGCAGAUAUUACAAGAUUAGAAGAUAUGGCUAAGUUAAAGAUGGGUACAAUGAGCAGCUUGAAUCAGUCCCAUUCCUUGUCAAGACAUUCUGUAGACUCUGUGAAACAGCAAUCAUUUUCAAGACAUUCUGAAGACUCUGUAAAGCAGCAGUCAUUUUCAAGGCAUUCUGAAGACUCUACAAAGCCACAAUCCAACACCAGAUCUGCUACACCAAAAAGUUCUACCUCUACCUAUUCUGCGUAAUAUAUAUAUGUAUGUAUUUUCAUAUGACAGACAUAUCUUUCAUUAUUUCUGCACGUUUUAUGAGAAGUUGAUUGUUAGGUGGGUGGUAUCUUUAUUUAAUUUUAAAUUUUUAAUUCAGUUUAUGAUCGUGUUUUGACUGCUUUAUAGCAGUUGAUGGUUAUGAGCAUUUAGUUACAGACUAGACAUAUAGGUGUUGUAUUAUUUUUAGAUUAAUAUAAUGUUUUAUUUCCUGUAUCCUUCUGAGUUGUUAUGACUUCACAAUGUUUUGAGUUGUGCCUUUACAAUGCAAGUGCCUUCAGAAAUUUGUUUAAUAUUUAUUUACAAAAUACAUUUUAAGCCUCACUUUUGUAUGGUUGAGAUGUACUAUUUUAACAUUUCAUUUGUUGUUGAAAGUGUUUAUUGUAAGGAGUAUUUCUCAACUGUUUAUAACAUUUGCAUUUAUAUACAUAAAGGGAUAUCAAACAUAGCAUCCGUCCAUUUACAUCUGUUCAUAGUCAAAGAGUUUAAAGCAUUCUGUUGCUUUGUUGAUAUUAGUCUGUUUAAAGGUGUUGCAUUAUGUUUUAAAAUAUAUGCUGAGCUGCAUUUUAUUACUGAAGUUGAUUUUAUUUACAUAGUGUAGUAACUUGUAGAUUUAUAUACAUUUUAGUUGUUACUUUUCAUUCCUGUUUAGUUUCUCAUUUUAACUUGUUUAAAUAUUUUCAUAGUAUUUCAUCUUUUGUUUUCAUUUUUUGUUGAACUUUAUUUUAGAGUAUAUAUGUGUGUUGUACAGUUGACUUUGGUAUCACUUUGUGAAGGAAGUGCUUUUUUUUUUUUUUUUUUUUUUUUUUUUUUUUAAAUUUUCAUAUUGCAUAGCUUCUAAUGAGGAUUUUUAUGCAACAACUUUCUUUCUCCAUGCAUAGUUUUGAUUUACUGCAUGAAUGCAUUUCAUUUAUGUGAUAAAUGGUCUUUAUUUUAGGAUAUUUUUAUGCCAUAUUGAAUUCCUUUUUAAGCUUCAUUCCUUAAUAAAAUUUUAUAAAUUUUAAUCACCUGUACUUUAUUGAUUUUUUGUUUUGAAAGAGAAUUAACAUAAGAAUAAAAAUUCUGUGUGCAAUAUGUGUACAUAGAUUUAAAAAAAAAAAGGUAAGGGUUUUAUUUGUGUUAAGUUGCUUACUGUAUACUAAGCACAAAAUGUAUACAUUUCUGUUAUUGAUUCUUUGUGUAUACAUUAUUUGGACGAUUUUUCAUUUCUUAAUAAACUAUGCAGAAAUAUAAACA